AUAUCCCAGCAAGGCGGCGGGACCAACGAAGAAGAACAUGACUUCCGCAUACGUCUCCACGCGGUUUUUUUCCCCUUUUACCUUUUCUGAAAAUGGUGAAAGUGAAGGACAAACGUCGGCAGAACGUCAGCGUGGCCACUGAGAUUGACCGCUUGGAGGAGCGGCGCGCGCGUUGCCAUGACAAAUUGGAAGAGGCACAUUUCAGGAGCAGGAAGGCCGAGUUGUCCGCGGAGGAGAGGCAUCAACUGGAAAAGCAAAGGGCAACCAUAACGGAACGGAUGCAAAAUUUAGACAAGGAGUUGCGGCAAUUACGAGCGCAGAACAGGACCAACGCCAUGCUGUCGGUGGCUGUGCUGGCCGUCUGCGCUCUCUUCUACUACAUCUUCGUCGUCUACGACGACCACCAACACUCGUGACCGCAAAUUGCAACCAGUUGUUCUUGUUUUUUGUUUUGUUUGUUUUCCCCAUCUAAUUAUGAUCUCAGGGAAAUCCUGACCAAAGCGGGUGCUACUAAUCACGGAGGUGCCUACUGCCGGUCUGUUCCGGAAGCCCGCUGGAGCAUUUCUAUCGUCUCACGCUAAACGCCCAGGCGAGAGUUGAGCGCACGAUGCGGAGUCAAUGUUCACGUGGCUUCCCCGUCGCGUGCGGAUGCCGCGUCCACGUGACAUUCGACGUAAAGAGGUUGCAGCCAUAAAUGAGCCCGAGCGACCUUUGUUGCCUUUUGACGGCUUGUCAAAUCAAAGCGGCCUUUCCGAUUGCGGCUAUUCCUGUCCGUAUUUUAAGAGCCUUGGCUUUAUGACUAGAUUUUGUUUCCCAUUCAAAGGCAAUUUUCUGCUUCAUUCUGUGACUCACUGCUUCGAAAUACACAUGUGCUAAUAUUUGGUAUCCUAACACAGCGCAAUAAAAGUGUUGAGCCAAAACAGUUUGAA